AUGUCCCGGCACGUGUUAUUGUCACGGCUGGCGGAGCAGUUCAAGCCUUCAUCACCGCCGCCCGCGCAUCGUUUCCCCUCACCCGAACGUAGCGUAUCCCCUCACUCUCCCCCAUCAGAACACUCCCCCCCGCAGUCGCCCGAUUCCCUGGCCCAACACCGUCUGGACCUGCUACAGCUGGGGGACAUUGAGGUCGCCGGUAGAGCGCUUAAACAGUACGCGCGUGCAACAGAGCUGGGCGCUUUAAUGUACUGCAGCGGUCUGGGAGCGCUGUACGGUGGUGCAGGUGUCUGGCCACUCCUGUUGCCAAGAGCAGGCCCACAUUUUACAGCAAGUCCACUAGAUCCAGCUCGUCACACGCCACCUAGAGAUGAUAACGAGGAGGAAUUGCCUUUAAAUCUGUCAACGAAGAAUAGACAAAUAUGGUCCCCUGGGAGUGCAUGCGAACGUGAACAUGAAGCUGACUCGCCCUCCAGGUGGGAUCUAGAAGAAUCAGACGCACCACUAGAGUUGGUGAAGAGAUGCCGCAGCACCCCCGAUGCAGAUGAAAACGAUUCCAACAGUGAACUAAGACGUUGCCCAUCCGCGCCUGUACAUCAGACUUACGCGUUGCCGCCGGCGCAAGACAUUAAUUUCUCGUUACUUAUCAAAAAUGAAAAUAAAAAUGAGAAAACAUUCCAGGUCGAUGUUAAGGUCUCUACUGCAAUGCCACUAGGUGAGAAACCUCAUAAAUGCGUAGUGUGCUCCAAGGCGUUCAGUCAGAGCUCAAACCUCAUCACUCAUAUGCGUAAGCACACCGGUUAUAAGCCUUUCUCCUGCGGACUCUGUGACAAAGCCUUCCAGAGGAAAGUGGAUUUGCGUCGCCACCGGGACUCUCAACACGCCGACGUCGAUCCCCCCGCGACUGCACCACCACGCUACAGGUUCUACAGCGACAAUCCAGCACCUCUAACACCUCUUAUCACUAACUAA